GCGCGUCGCAACAGGUCCAGUUUGGUUUCUCUUCACCUCCAGCAGAUCGGUUGAACCAUGAGCGAACCCUGUGCAAAUCCUCUGCUCCUGGGGUGGAUCAAGGAAUGGCUCGACCAAGCCCGGGAGCGCAAUAGCAAAGGCGUCACGGUAUACAAGAAGGCGUACGAGUCGGUGAAAGCGUGUCCGCUCGUCUUCCAGCAUCCGUCCGAAGCGCAGCAGCUGAACGGCCUGGGUCCCAAACUGUGUGACCGGCUAACGGAAAAGUUGAAAGCCCACUGCUCUGAAAAUGGGAUCCCCAUGCCGGAGCAUCCCAAUACUGCGAACAAGAAGCGCGUCUCGGACGGGAACGAGGUCGAUCCCAAACCGGCCAAGAAGCCUCGAAAAGCCAAACCUUAUGUGCCGGCCUUGCGCUCGGGUCCGUACGCGCUGCUGCUGGGUCUUGGGACGCUCGAUGAGAAUUCGAACCAGAGCAUGACGAAAACGCAGCUAAUCGAGACGGCUCAGCCAUAUUGCGACAGCUCGUUUACGACGCCGACAGAUCCGACGAAGUACUUUACUGCGUGGAACUCGAUGAAGACGCUCAUCCAGAAAGACCUUGUUUAUGACCGCGGGCAUCCGUUGAAGAGAUAUGCGCUCACCGAGGAGGGAUGGGAAGUGGCAAAGAGGAUUCAGAAGACGUUGCCUGAGUUCAUCCAAAACACCUUACCCUUUCGGGGUCAAUCGGAACCAUCUGGCUCCCGUCUCAGCGCUGAGCCUCGAGACGCGAGACCAAACCCAGGGCCAUCACGGCAAGACAGCAACGAAGAUCACAUCCACGACGCGAGAGUAAACCUCCCCGAAGACCAAGAAGUCACGCCCAUCACCAUCCCCCCCAGCAGCUUCACCGUCCAGCUGGUCCUGGACAUCCGCGAGGUCCGCACCUCCAAAGACAGAGACUACAUCGCCAACGAGCUCAGCAAGAAAGGCGUGACGCCCGAAGUGCGCGCCCUCGAACUCGGCGACGCCAUGUGGGUUGCGAAAUUCCACGACCCGGCCUACCUCUCGCAGACGCACGGCGAAGAAGGCGACGAGAUCAUGCUCGACUGGAUCGUCGAGCGCAAGCGCCUCGACGACCUCGUCGGCUCCAUCAAAGACGGCCGCUUCCAAGAGCAGAAAUUCCGCCUGCGCCGCUCCGGCUUGAAAAACGUCAUCUACUUGAUCGAGGAAUUCAACAUCUCGCAGGACCCGUCGGCCCUGAAGUAUCAGGAGAUGGUCGCGUCCGCGAUUGCCUCCACGCAGGUCGUCAACGGCUACUUCGUGAAGAAAACGAAGAACCUCGACGAUACGAUCCGCUACCUUGCGCGCAUGACCUUUCUGCUGCAGAAUAUGUUCGCCCCGUCUUCCUCUUCUUCUGACUCCUCUCCCUCACCCUCAAACACUCUCAGCCUCAUCCCUAGCCGCCAGCUCUCCUCCUCCCAAUCCUACCUCAACGCCCUCGAGCACCUUUGCGCCCAAUCCUCCACCACUACCUACGCCGUCACAUUCCCCACCUUCUCGGUGCUGACGUCCAAAUCCGACGUCCUCUCUCUGCGCGACGUCUUUCUUAAAAUGCUCAUGUGCACGCGCGGCGUCACGGGCGACAAGGCGCUCGAGAUCCAGCGCCGCUGGCCAACGCCGCAGGCGUUUGUUCGGGCGUUUGAGAACCUCACACCCAAGGAUCGGGAGGAGAUGGUCUCGGAGCAGAUGAAGAUGCUGGUGGGGAGGAAGAAGAUCGGCAAGGUGUUGAGUAGGAAGAUUGCGGAGGUUUGGGGGGAGGGUGGGUGAUUCUCUUUGGUUUUGGCUUUCUUUCAAAGGAGUAUGGGGGUUUAGGAGGUUAUUGAGCUGGCAUCAAUA